AUGGCAGUCCCUGAAAAGGAGGGUGUGGCGGGCAGGGAGCUCACGGCUCAGCUGGAGCACGACGCCCACCGGGCGGUCGCGGCGGAGCAGAAGAUGAGCCUGUGGCAGGGUCUGAAGACCUACCCGCACGCCGUGGGCUGGUCGAUUCUCUUCUCGACGGCGCUGGUGAUGGAGGGUUACGACACGACGCUUCUCAGCAGUCUGUACGCGUACGGGCCCUUCCAGAAACAGUUUGGCGUCAAGGGCGCCGACGGCGAGUACCAGUUGACGGCGGCGUGGCAGUCGGGCCUCAGCAAUGGAGCUCUCGUGGGGGAGAUCCUGGGUCUGAUGGUGAAUGGUAUUGUCGCGGAGCGAUUAGGGUACCGCAAGAGCAUUAUCGGCGCGUUGAUGAUGUGUGUGGCCUUCAUCUUCAUCAUCUUCUUCUCCACCUCUCUGCCUAUGCUUCUGGUCGGCGAGAUCCUCGUCGGUAUUCCUUGGGGUGUCUUCCAGACUGUCACCACCACCUACGCCUCUGAAGUCUGCCCCGUCGUGCUGCGUCCGUACCUGACGACUUAUGUUAAUCUCUGCUGGGUGUUUGGACAGCUGAUUGCGUCGGGCGUCCUGAAAGCCAUGGAAGGUAGGACCGACAAAUGGGGCUAUAAAAUCCCCUUUGGCCUGCAGUGGAUGUGGCCCGUUCCCCUCAUGAUCGGGGUCGCGCUGGCUCCUGAAUCCCCCUGGUGGCUGGUGCGCAAGGAGCGACCAGAAGACGCUCGCAAGGCAUUACUCCGGCUCACCAACGCGGAGCGGGACCCGGACUUCAACGUGGACGAGACACUGGCGAUGAUGCGCCGGACGAACGAGAUGGAAAAGGAGAUGCUCAGCGGAGUGUCGUACUGGGAUUGUUUCAAGGGGUCCGACCUUCGCCGGACAGAGGUUGUGUGCGUGACAUGGGCGAUCCAGACGCUGUGCGGCAGCACCUUCAUGGGCUACUCGACCUAUUUCUUCGAAAAUGCCGGGCUGGCGUCGAGCCAGUCGUUCACCAUGUCGAUCGUGCUAUACGUAAUGGGCGCGCUCGGCACCAUCUCCUCGUGGCUGCUGAUGAUGAAGAUGGGCCGCCGCACGCUGUAUCUGUCCGGCCAGGCGGCCAUGGCCCUGUUGCUCUUCAUCAUCGGCCUGCUGGGACUGACGUCUCCUCACAACAAGGCGGCGCAGUGGGCAAUCGGCAGCAUGCUGCUGGUGUACACGUUUGUCUACGACGCGACCGUGGGCCCCGUCUGCUACUCGCUUGUCUCGGAGCUCCCGGCGACGCGACUGCGCCAGAAGUCGGUCGUGCUGGCGCGCAACCUGUACAACAUCGUCGGCAUCAUCACCAACAUCUUGACGCCGCGAAUGCUAAACCCGACCGCGUGGGACUGGGGGGGCAAAACGGGCUUCUUCUGGGCCGGCUCCUGUCUCCUGUGCUUUAUCUGGACCUACUUCCGCCUGCCAGAACCCAAGGGCCGCACGUACGCCGAGUUGGAUCUCCUCUUUGAGCAGAAGGUACCGGCACGCAAGUUCAAGACCACGCAUGUUGACCCGUUUACUGGAGAGAGUGUGACGGGGAACAAGGAGGAGGCGACAGAGCACGUCGAGGCUAUCCACGAUCUAUGA